GUCAUCUAAACGGACUCUGUAAAAUACAGCGCAUGCGUCACCCCUUCUUCUUCUUCACGGUUCGGAUUGGCACUGCAGGAUGAAGAUGAAGGCGCUGCCACUGGUUUUGGUGUUGACUUUGUUCAGUCUGAGUGCCGGAGAAGAUGGAGCUCGUCUUCUGGCAUCCAAGUCUCUGUUGAACCGCUAUGCUGUGGAGGGUAGAGAUCUCACUCUGCAGUACAACAUUUACAAUGUGGGAUCCAGUGCUGCCAUUGAAGUGGAACUAUCAGAUGAUUCUUUUCCGCCUGAAGACUUCGGGAUUGUCUCUGGGAUGCUCAAUGUGAAGUGGGACAGAAUUGCACCGGCCAGUAAUGUUUCUCACACUGUGGUGUUGCGCCCCCUGAAGGCUGGCUAUUUCAACUUUACUUCUGCCACUGUCAGCUACUUGGCCCAGGAGCUCGGACAAGUUGUGGUUGGAUACACAAGCGCUCCUGGUCAGGGAGGCAUCCUUGCUCAAAGAGAGUUUGAUAGACGCUUCUCCCCUCACUAUCUGGACUGGCUGGCUUUCGGUGUGAUGACACUUCCCUCCAUCGGCAUCCCACUGCUUCUUUGGUUUUCCAGUAAGAGGAAGUACGACUCCCCAAAGAAGAAGAACUAAAGAUUAGAGUGUUGGUGGUGCGAGUGCGUGUUAAAAAGGGGCCAGGGAUUUCAUAUUCACUUAGCAACCCAUAUUGGGGGAGGAUGAAAUAAACCUGUGUGUCAUGCAAUGAAAAUGCUUCUUCAGUGUUUAGAUAUUCAACUCCAGUCAAUAAAGUUGAGUCCU